AUGAACCCAUCCAUCCUGCUUUCUGAGGUUGACGAGGAGAGUCACCUCUCCCCGGACCACGCAUUCAACAGCCAUCAUCAGCCCCAGCCCCAGCAGCAACAGCAACAAGAACAGCAGCAGCAGCAACAACAGCAGCAACAACAACAGCAACAACAACAACAAGAACAACAACAACAGCAGCAGCAGCAGCAGCAGCAGCAGCAGCAGCAGCACUCUCAUCAUCACAGCACACCUCAUAACAAUGAACCCUGGGCCGACAUGAGUCCAUAUAGCCAAAACACCAUGUCAGACUAUGGCAGCUUCAGCUAUGCCCCCCAUAGCUCACAUCAAGGCUUCUCGUCCGAUUCCAUGCCCAGGAUGCCGCCGCCGCCGUUGCCCUUGCAAUCGAUGCAACCCCAUCACCAACGUCAACCUCACGCACACCUGUCGAUGCUCACCAUACCGUCCCAGCAGCCGGCGUGGCCGAGCAUGCUCACCAACCCGAACAGCUACUCGGCCCUCGCGGCGCACUCGCAUUCGGCGCCCCCCUUAAGCAUGCCCUCCAUGAUAGCGGCGCCCACCCCGUCCAAGAUGACACGGCCGUCCGGCGUGUCCCAGUCGACGCCGCGCAAGACCUUGACCGACGACGACAGGAGAAGGAUGUGCCAGUAUCAUCUCGAGAACCCCAACAUGAAGCAAACCGAAAUCGGCGCCAUGUUCGGCGUCGAGAGGAGCACCGUGUCCAAAGUCUUGCGAAACAAGGAGAAAUAUCUCUACCCGGAAGACAGGAGUCAGUCGCCCAUCAAGCGCACCAAGAGCAAGAUCCCGGACAUCGACAAGGCCAUGUCGAGCUGGGCCAGGCGGCAAGUCCGCCACGGGUCGGAUGUGUCGGACGAGGAGAUUCUCCAACAGGCCCGCCACUUUGUCGCCAACGUGGGCGGCGACGCCGACAGCCACAUCCGGGCCCUGCAGAACGGCACCUGGCUCGAGAAGUUCAAGCAGAAGAACGGCAUCGGCGUGCGGCGUCUGCUUCGGAGAGCCUCGGAGACGAAUAUUCCCGACCAUCACCAUGCCGCUAAUUUGUCGACCUCCUCGCCCUCCCUGGGCCACAACAGCAUCAUCUCGACCACGUCGCCGACCGGCCAGUUGUCGCCCUUGUCCGCCGAUCGGAGCGACGAGGACGCGAGCCCCAGCCUCGGUUUCGUCACGUCGCUCAACAACCCACAGCAGAAACAGCAGCAGCAGCAGCAGCAGCCGACCGACGCGGGGCCGUCCUCUUUCGGUGCAGGGCCGGCCGCCGCCCCCUUGAGCCCCACGGGGCCGUUCGGCUUCUCCCCUGAUCCGAACGUCGGCGGUUUCCUCCCCCACGACCAGGUGCGCGACAUGCAGGACGGCGGCCUCGUCUCCGGUUCGAGCUUCCAGCGGCCGAGAAGCCAGACGUUCCCGACGCUGGACCUCGAAUUCGUGAACCACCCACCCAGCUCUACCACCGCCACGGCAGCAGGCGGCGACCCCACCACCCCGAGAUUCCAAACGGCGGCAUCGUCAGCCACGGCUCCGUCAUCGGCCCUCGAAUCCCCCGGUCACGAGCUGAACGCGAACCCGUUCGCCAUGGACAACAACAACAACCACAACAACCACAACAACCACAACAACCACAACAACAACCACAACAGCGGCAGCGGCAGCGGCAGCGGCGGCAGCAACGGACGAGCGACCGCCACCAGCGGCCUCUCGUCCACCCCCGUCGUAUCGUCCCCGUCGUCCCCCUCGCAGGAAGACGCCCGCCGAGCGGCCGACACGCUGCUCAGCUUCAUCCAGAAUGCGGCGUCGACUGGCUUCGUGGACCACAGCGACUACACGGCCGUGCUGCGGUUGACGGAGAAACUCCGGCUCCAUCAGCUCCAGCUUCAGGUGUCCAAGACCUCCGGCCUCUCUUCUAUCGGGGGACUGAUGCGGAUUCCGGAAGGGGAUGCGGAGAUGGGGCCGCCGCCUCCUGCGAUGUCGGGGUCGUUGAAAGUCGGGGCUGCCAUGGUGGAAUGA